AUGUACAAUACCAACACCGAUAUCUGGCUGUCCGGCGCCUUCGCCGUCCUAAUCGUCGACUUCCUCGUCUACCCCAUCGACACGCUCAAAACGCGCAUCCAAUCCCCAACCUACAACCGAAUAUACAAAGAUGCUACGACAGGGGCAAUCAACCGUAAACUCCUCUUCAGGGGUCUCUACCAAGGUGUAGGAAGCGUCAUUCUCGCUACUUUACCUGCCUCAGGAGCAUUCUUCACCACCUACGAAAGCCUAAAACACACCCUCACCACCAACACCCACACACAAUCCCCCAUCCUCCUCCUCCUCCCAACACCAAUAAUCCACUCCUUCUCCUCCUGCGUGGCUGAAUCCGUGUCUUGCUUUAUUCUUACCCCGGCGGAGGUAAUUAAGCAGAAUGCGCAGGUAUACACCAAUACCAAUACCAAUACCAACCCACAUUCAACUCCCAAUGACAUCAAGGGAUCACCACCAUCAAAAACAAAUAUAACCCUCCUCACGCUGCGCAAGUUCCGCCACAGGCCAUUAUCCCUCUGGAGUGGAUAUACCGCGCUGCUAGGACGGAAUCUGCCCUUUACUGGGCUGAAUUUUCCUAUUUUUGAGUAUCUUAGGGGGUGGGGGGCGGGGUAUUUGCUUCGGUGUCGGACGGAUGGAGAUGGGAAAGUGGGAGGGGAUGCGUUGGGACAGUUUGGGAAUGUGCAGAGGGCUCUUAUUACGGGGGUUUCGGCGGCUAUUGCUGGGACGGUUUCGUCUGUUGUGACGACGCCGGUGGAUGUGGUUAAGACGAGGAUGAUGCUGGGGGCUGGGAGUGCUACUAGCAGGAAUAUUGGUGGUGGUGGGGAUGGGGCGUGGGAAGUGGGAAAGAAGGUGUAUAGAGAGGAAGGGGUCAGGGGAUUGUUCAAGGGAGGGGCGAUACGGUCUGUGUGGACGGCUGUGUCGUUUGGAGUGUAUCUUUGUGUGUAUGAAGGUGGGAGAGGGUUUUUGGAGAAUAGACGGAGGGAGAAGGAGAUGGCAUCGUCUUGAGUAGGUGAGAUGUACAGCUACAAUGUGAAGAGGGU